UCUCUUCGAGCUGCAGAGGGAGAUCGGAACUGCUGGCAGAGCCCUGAGAGAGGCAGACGGGGUGACAAACAAAAGAAGAAAAAGGGGGCUUUAUUCUUCACAAGGCUUCAAGGUUGUGGAAAAUAAUCUGUUGUUGCUAUACUAGGAUGUGGGGUCAGUCGGUUUGAAUUAGGGUUUUUGAGAAUUGGAUUUGAUAAUCUGGUUGUGCUUCGAAAAAUCUGUCUUGAUUGUUGUGGUAUAGUCUUGUCAUGUUGGGAAGAGUUUCAUCGAAAUCUUUCUGGUUUAUAAUGUGAGUGGAACGGUUUUGGGUGGGUCUAGGGUUUGCGGGUGUGUGUAUCAAUGGGGAGCAUGGGUGAACCGGACAGAAAACGGCGUCACUUUAGCUCCUUGUCUCCUACAGCUGCAGGUGCUACGGCCAAGAAGCUACCCUUCUUGCCCAUUUCUGAAGACAAAAAGCUUGAUAUUGCUGUUCUUCAGUUUCAAAAUCAAAAGCUUACACAGAAAUUGGAAACUCAGAAGUUAGAAUAUACUGCGCUUGAGAAUAAAUUUUUCCAACUAAAGGAUAGACAACAUUCAUAUGAUUCCAUGUUAAUGGUGGUCAAGAAGUCUUGGGAACAGGUAAUUGAUGAUUUGGUGUCAUGUUCUGCUCAAACGGUCGAGUCUAGCAGCAGCAAAUUGCAUACAAAUGUUACAUCAGGGACAGGUGUUGGUAGUCGAUCCACUGUUGAGGAUGACCUUCUUAGUCGACUUGAGCAAACUGGUGCAACUGAAAGUUCCUCCUCAUAUAGUUGGUCCAACCAGAUGGAAGAGCAGAGACAAGUUACUGUUGAAAAAGCUAAGAGCAUUAUGCAAAAUAUUGUGGCAGCUAUAAACAAACUUUGGUCCCUGAAAGAUGGAUUGCAUGCUGCAGUGUUAAUAAAACUUCCAGGAGAUGGUACGUGUGGGCAGAAGUCCUCCGUUGAUCUAAAUAUGGAAAUUAAAACCUUGAGAUCUGCCUUCACUGAGCUUCAUUUAAAGCACAAGUCGUUGGCUAGUGAGUUCCGAAGUCAUCGAGAUGUUGAUGCCAAAAAUAAAGUUGAGCUUAAAAGAUUGAAAGGGGAACUAGCAAGCACCAUUGCAGAGCUUGAAGAAAGUAAUCACAAAUUGGCAACUCUCAAGGCAGAGAGAGAUGCAGCAAAAGGGGCAGUUUUUCCCAUCUUAAAUGUCGGAACUAAGCAUGCUGCUAAUGAUAAGAUCAGGGACAAGCAAAAGGACUUGCAAGAGAUGGAAUCUUCUUUAAAGGAGAUAUUGGACCAAGGAUCCUCGAGGCUAAUGGAACUGAAAAAUCUUCAUGAGGAAAGAAUAAGAAUAUUACAGCAAAUGUGUGAUUUACAAAACACUCUGAAGAAUUUGAAGUGUAUUACUUCUUCCCAUGCAUUCCAACUGGCAAGAGAUCAGAUAGAACAAUCAAAAGUAGAGGUUCUUGAGUAUCAGACCUUAUUCGAGAAACUACAGGUUGAGAAGGACAAUCUUGCUUGGAGGGAGAGGGAGUGGUACAUAAAGAGUGAUUUGGUGGAUGUUUUCCAGAGGUCUUUGUCAGUCGUUGAAUCUAAAGUUGCUGAUUUAGGGACUGAAAUAAAGAGGAAAAUUGAGGAGAGAAAUGCGAUAGAAAAUAAAUUGCAAGAGGUGGCAAGGGAACCGGGAAGGAAGCAAAUUAUUGCAGACUUCAAAUCUCUACUCUCUUCAUUUCCUGAGGAAAUGGGAUCUAUGCAAAGUAAAUUAAGCAAGUAUAAAGAAGCAGCUUCAGACAUUCAUUCUCUGCGUGCAGAUGUGCAGUCUCUCUCCAGUAUUCUUGACAGGAAGGUAAAGCAAUGUGAUGUUUUAUCUAAUAAAUCUGCUGAUCAACUUGCUGAGACACGGAGGCUGCUUGCUGUGGUUGAUGAUUUGAGAGAAAGUGAGCUGGAGUUGAAGUUGAUUCUGGACAUGUAUAGACGUGAAUCCAUUGAUUCAAGGGAUGUUGUGGAGGCACGGGAUUCUGAAUACAGAGCAUGGGCCCAUGUUCAAAGUUUGAAAUCUUCUCUUGGUGAACACAACUUGGAGCUUCGAGUUAAGACAGCAAAUGAAGCAGAGGCUAGAUCUCAACAGAGGCUUGCUACUGCUGAAGCUGAGAUAGUUGACUUGAGACAGAAAUUAGACGCCUCAAAAAGGGAGAAGGGUAAACUCUCUGAUGUCUUGAAAUCAAAAAGUGGGGAAAUUGAAGCCUACUUAUCUGAAAUAGAGACUAUUGGACAAGCAUAUGAUGAUAUGCAAACCCAAAACCAACAUUUGUUGCACCAAAUUACUGAAAGAGAUGACUACAAUAUCAAGCUUGUCCUAGAGGGUGUAAGGGCAAGACAAAAACAGGAAUCUUUGAUCAUGGAGAAGCAGGCCAUUGAACGGGAGAUCCAGCAAUCAAAUGCAUCUCUUAAUUUUUUUGACAUGAAAGCUGCUAGGAUUGAUGAGCAGUUAAAGUUGUGGUCAGAUCAGUGUCAGAGACUUGAGGAGGAUAAGGUUCAAAGUUCUGCCACAUUGGAAAAUACACAGAGGAGGUUGUUGGAUGUCAGAAGAUUAUCUCAACAAGCCAGAGAAACUGUGGAGGAAGUGCAGUCUAAAGUUGGCAUUAGUCGAGUGACUUGUAUGGAGUUACAAGUAGACCUAGAGAGAGAAAGGUUUGCCAGGAAAAGAUUAGAGGAGGAGCUGGAGGUUGCCAGGAGAAAGGUUUCUUACCUUCAGGCGCAGAUUGAGGGCUCCUCUGUUGUUGAAAAGCUUCAGCAGGAACUAGGAGAAUACAGGGAGAUUGUCAAGUGCAGUGUCUGCCAAGACAGGACCAAAGAGGUUGUAAUUACAAAAUGCUAUCACUUGGUCUGCAAUCCAUGUAUCCAGAGAGUUGUUGAGAGUAAGCAACGCAAGUGUCCGCUAUGUGCUGCUAGCUUUGGGCCUAAUGAUGUUAAGCCCAUUUAUCUGUAACCGGGAAAUCCAUUGGUUCUUUUCUGCUUAGCGACUAGACACCCCCAGUGUUCGUUUAAAAUUUUUGAUCCAAAAUCUGGCAUGUGGGUUCUCCACUAGUUCAAGUGUAUUCUUACAUAAGCAGCAGUAGAGUUAAGGAACACUGGAGUCAGUUCGUUAGUGUUUCCCUUGGACUAAAGCUGUGCAUUUUCUUUUUUGGCUGGUAUUCGCAUUUAGUAUCAUCCGACUCAAACUUGGAAUUUCCAGUCUCAAUGACUACUUUUUUUGGUGGAAACUGGGAAGAUGACUCAAUGGAGCUAUAGGUAUCUUGAUGAAUGUUCUUUGCAGAUUUAUCAUAGUACGUCAUCACAAGCGAUUUGGAAAAGGUCAUUGGGGUUGGUGUUUCCCUGCUAUUAGUAGUUCAAAUUUUUCUCUGCCUGAAAAGGCCAUCCUUGCAAAUUGCUUUUGGAAGUUGUCUAGCAAAUCAGUAGUGUUCUGUUUCCCUGCUAAAAUGGAUAGGGCUAUAGACAUUUUUGGUUUCACAGGUUUUUGUAUAUAUCUUAGAUAUUUAGAUGAAGUCGUGUCAAUUUUGUCUUUCAAAGCCUGUAAUUUAUGUAGUUCUUGUUGAUUGUUAGGAUAUAUAUAUAUAUGUUGUAAUUUGAUUCGAUUUGAAGACAAUAUCAUGUUCACAAUUUGUUAACUUGAUGUUUUGCAUUGCA